CCACCCAACGGCUCCUCCGCCCUCCUCAUGCUCGCCAGGUGCUUUUCAGCGUGGCAAGGCCUCCACAGAGCUGGUGGUUCCAGGAUUUUCAUAAGAAUGACAUUAGGGAGAGAAAUUAUGUCCCCUCUUCAAUUGAGGUCUUCAUCUUCAUCAGCCAAAAAAAACUUUUUGAAGUGGGAUCUGUCACCAGAACAAAUUAAAGCAAGAACUGAUGAGCUCAUACUACAAACCAAGGAAGUGUAUGACACUGUUGGAAUGCUUGAUAUUGGGAAAGUGACAUACGAAAAUAGUUUACAGGCACUCGCAGAUUUAGAAGUGAAAUAUGCAGUGGAAAGAAGCAUGUUGGAUUUUCCCCAGCAUGUCUCCCCUGACAAAGAUGUACGAGCAGCAAGUACAGAUGCUGACAAAAGACUUUCUCGUUUCGAUAUUGAGAUGAGCAUGAGAGAAGAUAUUUUUCGGAGAAUUGUUCAUCUACAGGAAACCUGUGAUCUUGAAACAAUAAAACCUGAAGCUAAACGCUACUUAGAAAAGUCCAUUAAAAUGGGAAAGAGAAAUGGGCUUCAUCUUCCAGAAGAAGUACAAAAUGAAAUUAAAGCAAUGAAAAAAAGAAUGAGUGAAUUAUGUAUAGACUUCAACAAAAACCUCAAUGAAGAUAAUACGUUUCUUACAUUUUCUAAGGAAGAACUUGGUACUCUUCCUGAUGAUUUUCUUGACAGUUUAGAAAAGAUAGAAGAUAAAUAUAAAGUUACCUUAAAAUAUCCCCACUACUUUCCUGUCAUGAAAAAAUGUUGUAUCCCAGAAACCAGAAGGAAGAUGGAAAUGGCUUUUAAUACAAGAUGCAAAGAGGAAAACACCAAAAUUCUGCAGCAGCUGCUUCCACUACGGGCCAAAGUAGCAGAACUCCUUGGCUACAGCACACAUGCUGACUUUGUGCUAGAACUUAACACUGCCAAGAGUACAAGCUCCGUUGCUGCUUUCUUAGAUGACUUAAGCCAGAAACUGAAACCUUUGGGGGAAGAAGAACGAGAGCUCAUUCUGAAUUUGAAGAAAAAGGAAUGUGAGGAAAAGGGAUUUGAAUAUGAUGGAAAAAUCAAUGCAUGGGAUUUAUAUUACUACAUGACCCAGGCAGAAGAACUUAAGUACUCCAUUGACCAAGAGAAGCUCAAGGAAUACUUCCCAAUUGAAGUGGUCACUGAAGGCCUCCUAAAUAUCUACCAAGAGCUAUUGGGCCUUUCAUUUGAACAAAUGACCAAUGCUCACGUCUGGAAUGAAAGUGUUACUCUCUAUACAGUAAAAGAUAAAGCUUCUGGAGAAGUAUUAGGGCAGUUCUAUUUGGACCUAUACCCAAGGGAAGGAAAGUAUAGCCACGCAGCCUGCUUUGGUCUCCAGCCGGGCUGUCUCCUACCUGAUGGUAGCCGAAUGAUGUCUGUGGCUGCCCUGGUAGUAAAUUUCUCCCGGCCAAUUGCAGGCCGUCCCUCCCUGCUGAGGCAUGAUGAAGUGAGGACCUACUUCCAUGAGUUUGGUCACGUCAUGCAUCAAAUAUGUGCACAGACGGAUUUUGCUCGAUUUAGCGGGACUAACGUGGAAACAGACUUUGUAGAGGUGCCUUCCCAAAUGCUUGAGAACUGGGUCUGGGACAAGGAUUCUCUCCGACGCCUCUCGAAGCACUAUAAAGAUGGGAACCCUAUAACAGACGAUCUGCUUGAAAAACUUGUUGCUUCUCGGCUGGUCAACACAGGUCUGUUAACCCUCCGCCAAAUUGUACUGAGCAAAGUUGAUCAAGCUCUCCACACUGACGCAUCAUUGGACUCCUCGAAGGAAUAUGCCAAAUAUUGUUCAGAGAUCCUAGGCAUUUCAGCUACCCCAGGUACAAACAUGCCAGCGACUUUUGGACACUUGGCAGGAGGCUAUGAUGGCCAGUAUUAUGGAUACUUGUGGAGUGAAGUGUUUUCCAUGGACAUAUUUUAUAGCUGCUUUAAAAAAGAAGGGAUUAUGAAUCCAGAGGUUGGAAUGAAAUACAGAAACCUUAUCCUGAAACCUGGGGGAUCACAGGACGGCAUGGACAUGCUCCAAAGUUUCUUGCAACGUGAGCCAAACCAAAAGGCAUUCCUAAUAAGUAAAGGCUUGCACACUCUGUAAAACUAGGGAUCUUUUGUAGCAGUCAUGUCUGGAAGAUAAAUUGAUGUUGCUUGGUAUUUGGGAUGUUAAAACAGGAGCGGUUAUAAGACCUGAAAAUAUGUAGAAUUCUGUCCGUCUGAUUUUAUUUAAAAAGCACAAAGUUAACCACUGAAUUACAAAAAUAAAAUGUAAUUGUAGGAACAGCCCAUUAGAAAAUAAUUGUAGUUAUAAAAACACCAUUUAAGUACAUACGUGAACUUCUUUUUAUAAAAAUUUCAUAAAACUGUAAUUUGUUUUUUAAAAAAUUGUAAUCUGGGUAAUGUACAUGUGAGAAACCUGACAGUUUUUAAAUUGAAAUUAAUGUACAUUGUUGAACUGUUAAUUUAACCCAUUC